GUCAAUUGUCAGCGUCAAGCGAAAUGCGGAUUGCGGUUAUCACUGAAAAUUUUUUGUAUUUUUGAAAUUAAGUAAACAGUUUCGAAGGAUCUAUAUUCGAUAAAAAAGUGCAAGCUUUAGGCAUAUUAAAGUACAAAUCUUUUGCAAGAACUUAAUGCUUAGCGAAAAUGGAUGUUGGUGAAUUACUCUCAUUUAAGCCUACACCCACUCCAAAACGUCCUAAUGAAGAUGAACUUGACGAUUCAGACGAUGAAAGUGUGCGAUCAAGUAAAGUUCGUCGACUAGUAAAAUCAGAUACAGAAAAAACUUUUAAAUCUCUUCCCAAAGAACCAACUAUUACUGACAAAGAACGUGAAGAUAUUCUUAAAUUCGUAGAAAAUGAAGUAACAGAGGGCGAAAUACUAGAUGAAACUGCUGUUAAAAAAUUAGUUCUUAAUUUUGAAAAGAAAGCUUUGAAAAACAGGGAAAUGAGGAUUAAGUUUCCUGACCAACCAGAAAAGUUCAUGGAGAGUGAAUUAGACCUUUAUGAAGCUCUACAGGAUUUAAGUGCUGUAGCCACUGUGCCAGACCAGUACCCCUUGUUGGUUGACUUGAAAUGUGUUAAUUCAAUUUUAGAAUUACUCUCUCAUGAUAAUACAGAUGUGUCUACAAAAGUUGUUAAUUUAUUACAGGAGUUAACAGAUGUUGAUAUUUUGCAUGAAAGUGAGGAAGGUGCAGAAGAAUUAAUCAAUGCAUUAGCAGAAGCAGAGUGUCCUGCAUUACUUUUACACAAUCUAGCUCGUCUUGAUGAACAAGUACCAGAUGAGAGGGAUGCUGUUCAUAAUACAUUAGGUAUAGUUGAAAAUAUAACAGAAUUUCGACCUGAACUAUGUGUUGAAGUUGCCAAACAAGGUUUUAUGCAGUGGAUUUUGAAAAGACUCAAAAUGAAGGCACCAUUUGAUGCCAACAAGUUGUAUGCAACAGAAAUAUUGUCCAUACUUCUGCAGAACACCCCAGAGAAUAGGAAAUUACUUGGAGAACUUGAUGGCAUUGAUGUCUUGUUGCAGCAAUUAGCUUUUUACAAAAGACAUGAUCCAAGUGGAGCUGAAGAGCAAGAGGCAAUGGAAAACAUGUUUGAUUCACUUUGUUGUGCACUUAUGGAGCCUACCAAUAGAGAUCGCUUCUUAAGAGGAGAAGGUUUGCAACUUAUGAAUCUUAUGUUAAGGGAGAAAAAGAUGUCUCGCAAUGGGUCAUUAAAAGUAUUGGAUCAUGCACUAGCAGGCCCAGAUGGUCGCGACAAUUGCAAUAAGUUUGUUGAUAUUUUGGGUCUUCGAACUGUGUUCCCUUUGUUCAUGAAAACACCAAAGAGGAAAAGAUUGUUAACAGUUGAUCAACAUGAAGAGCAUGUAGUUUCAAUAAUAUCGUCAAUGUUACGUAACUGUCAAGGCAGUCAGCGGCAAAGAUUACUUGCGAAAUUUACCGAAAAUGACCUGGAAAAGGUGGACAGAUUAUUAGAAUUACAUUUUAAAUAUAUGGACAAAGUGGACCGUAUUGAAAAGGAGAUGGAGCAAGAAACAGAAGAUUUAGAUGAUGAUGCACAGUAUUUGAAGCGAUUGUCUGGGGGUUUAUUCACUUUGCAACUCAUUGACAGGAUUAUACUAGAGGUAUGCACAGCAGGUCCGCCAUCAAUAAAGCAACGUGUGCAACGAGUUUUAUCUCUAAGAGGUGGUUCUUUGAAAAUUAUACGACAUGUUAUGAGAGAAUAUGCCGGCAACUUAGGUGAUGCAGGAAGUGAAGAAUGGCGGCAACAAGAACAACAACACAUACUACAACUUGUUGAUAAGUUCUAGAAUGUUCUCGAGUUUCAGACAUUAUGGCUGAAAUUGAAUUUAUGAGAAUAAAUGCACUUUAGCUGU